AUGAAGCAGGGGAACAGUCUAACGCUUGUUCCAAAGCAAAUCGGGCCUCCACGCCUUGAUCCAUAUGGACGACUCCUCGCCCGUUUCUACGAGUCAUUAUUUUUCUUGACGUCUCUCGGGCGAACACAAGGAGAACACACCCCCGAACCACCUGUUCUGGACAUCCACCAGGAAUGCAGACGGAGAUUCUUGAAGAACCUUUCCUAUAUCUGCGACUUCAGGAAAGGAGGCCAGGCAUGCACUGCGAUAGCAGUUGAAGAUCGUGUGGACUGCUACCGGUUCUGGGUUGCUUCAAACAUGAACGUGAACAAAGCAGUGGCUUUUAUUCGAGAAAUUCUUGCAAUGUUGCACGACAGACAUUUAGAUGCUUCGAAUAAUGAGUCAAUGAUUGAGGCCAGUCUUAUUCAGCGUUGCGUGGAAUUCGCUGCCAAGCGCAUCGAUAGUGAGGGGAGGUUUCUCCGCAUUAUGGCAAAUCGAUGCAUUCUCAUGCUUGAGGACGAAGAGUCGGAAGCAGGUAUGACCUUUUUCCUGAGCAAUCUUCUAGAGCGGGCCCUCAGCUGCUCCCGCAACAUUACCCUCUGCCGCUUUCUCUACGACCAACGUCACUCGGCCGCCAUGAAAGAGCUUUCUGCGCGGGCUAUAUCCGACAAAGGAAGACCGGGCCGCGCCGAAGAAGACUCGUGCUUUAGCUCUGCCAGGCAUCAUAUUGGUAGACUUAUCCAUCAUAUACGUGCGCCGAUAGAGCUCGCUCAAGACAGUCGUCAUCUGAUGUAUCUCACCGACGCCUAUACCGUCUGUCCUGUCAGCCCAUGUUCCGCUGUGUCAUGCCCGGUGUCUGACAUGCAUACCAACCUGCAGGGGAUCCUGAACUGGAUGUUCAUGGCCGACGACGAAGACAGGGUAGCCGUUGGGGAUGGUCUUGUUUACAUCAAUAAGACGCGGCCAAUCUUCGACACAUUCUUGGCCGAAUACAACGGUCGGGAUCGGCAGGUUCACGGCUGA